UCUCUACUUGCCACCACUUUAGUUUCAAAUUCCGUAGGGACAAGUUAUCUUGGUGUGAAAAUAAAAACGGACCGAUGAAAUUUUUUAUUUUAACUGUUUUUUGUAAUCUUCUUUCUUUGGGCUCCCUACAAGAAACAUAUAAGGAAGAUGAUUAUCAUUUAAGUCCAUCAGAAGUUGGUAAAGGUCCGGGAAGCGAAUGGCCAGGACAGAUAUAUCACAACGUUCAAGGAAACGUUAUCGAUCAAAUAGAAAGAACUUCUGUUCAAAAACCUUGUAACAGACGUAGUAACUCUAGAGAUGACCCAAUCAGUUCUCCAUUACCUGUCAAGACAGAAGAACCAAUUAACACUGUUAUCGUGGCUUCAACGCCAAAACCUCAACCUCAACCAAAAGCCUCUUUAAGAAACAAACCAAAUAUUCUUAGAGCAGCCGACCCUUAUUCUAAAACAAAUCUUCCUGAUGACAGUAUACAUAAAAGAAGAACUAAAAUAACAAUAAGCAACCCUGUAAUAGACUCAUUUGAAGAAAAUCAUCGACAAAUAUUAGCCAAAGGUGAAGAUGAUGAUCCUCUUGAACCAAUUCCAGUUCCAUCGUUACAUCCUACGCCAGACAGUACACCUUUACCAGGUCCCACACGAAGAAAUCUAAGUCCCAAUAACAAAAAUUACCCACCAAAAAUAGAUAAUCCAGUUCACAAUGCACCCAAUACUGAACAUAAAAAUCAAGACAUUCCAACGUCAAGCAGCGCACCAUUAACAAGAACUGAAUAUAAUCCUCUAAUAACUGAUGAUUACCAUCCUCCAAAAACAGACAAUUUAUUACCAAAACCUGUUGCAAAGCCUAAACCAGAAGUUGCUUCUACAACUGCGAAUAAAUGUGCUCAUGACAAAGAAGUCGAGGAUAUAGGAAACACAAGAAGAUCCAUGUCGAACUACAAUGAUGGAGCAAAUUACCCCAACAAUGAACCUCACAUCCUUGAACCCAACAUUGAUAACGAAAACGCAAUGGCAUCUGUUCUGAAUGCAGAAAGGAGUUCAAAACCUGAUGAAGAAGUUCUUCAGGAUAAAACAAACAUACUGCGUGAGAGACCAGAGCCUCAUAUUGGGAGGUCCAAGUACAGUGAAAGACGAAAUGAAAUUAUGGAACCAACGAAAGGAGAUGGAGUUGUAAAUAUGGGACAAUCAUCGCUAAUGAUGAUGCAGACUGAUCGAAUAUGUUACGCUUGUAGCACCGCUAACAAUCCUUCCUGUGCGGCUCCUGAUAGACAAACCACAGUAAAGUACUGUCGAAAAGGAAACAACGCUUGUAUAACCAAAACAUUUGGCAAAGGAAGCACAUUCACUCUCAUCCGUGACUGUGGCAGAACGUGCGAUGACUCUGAUUCAAACAUACUGAUGCCACGAUACAAGUCUUGUUCCAUGUGCCACUCCGAUUUAUGCAACGGUGCCUACUCGAUCAAUGCACAUAGCAUACUAUUUGCCUUUAUUUUAAUAGCUUUAGUGAAAUAUUUAAAUUAGUCGUAUAAUA